GAAGCCAAUGAAAAGUUCCUUCUGAGGCAACCGUGUCUUAUGAUCAGAGUUUUUCUUAAAAGGUGCAUGCAUUUGCAGCCUGCUUCCAGUCUACGAAAGAAUCGGGCCAAGAGGGGAGGUCGCGGCACCAUUCUCACUCCUUCUUCCUACUCGGUGGGCGAAGUUCGGGUUGCAAGGACCGCCCUUAGACGCGGGGUUUCACGGCCGUCAGUGGAUUCUCCAGUGCUGGGUGAAAGAGAUGUCUUUAUAACACCGGUUCCAUCUGACCUCAUGCCUCAGGCAAACGUUGCGACCAUUGUUCUGCUUUCUUCUGCCUGGAUGUAUAGGAUCAAAUUUGUAUACCCGCCCUGCGACAACCACACCAGGUAAAGGCCCUGACCAGCGGUGGCACCAGGACACCCUGACUCGCAUCCCAGCGCCGGCUCAGAGUUAACCCUUCGCUGCCUCUCCUUUCCAAGCUUUCUGCGAGGCCCCUUUUUCGUUCCCAGGAGAAGACAGCAUGGGAGGAAGUUGGUCCACACCUAAGACCAGUACGGGCAGACAAGCCAUGCUGUCCACGGCAGCCCCAACGACAAGCCCUGCGGCCUGUCUCUCGAAACAGCCCAGCAAGGAAUAUUUACUCUUGGCCUUUUUCGUUGGGAUUCUGCUGACACUGCUACUGCUGGCCUUUGUCUUCCUCAUCAUAAAGAGCUACCGGAAAUGUCACUCCACUUCCCAGGUCCUGGAUCCUCAUUCAGAUCCUCCAGCCAAGGUUUCCUCGACCCCAGAUGAGUCUCUCACCUACGCAAGCAUGACUUUCAAAAUCUCAGAAGAAAAACGCAAUCACUCGACUGAGCACCGUUCUGCAGACCUGGAACCCGUUGUCUAUGCGCAGAUCAAUGUGGCAGACGCACCCUGCCUUUCCAGAGAGGCUUGAAUCCAGCCCCGCUCAGCCCAGCCCACUUUCCCUUUGUUACAAACGUGGGAUCACAGCCUGCGUGCAGCUGCAGUCAGAGCUGUGGAGGCGUGGCCUAGCAAUGCCAUCCAGCAGUUCUGAAGGCCAAUGACCAGACUGUUCCUGGCCUGAGACGAGGCUGUCGGCCUUCACUCUUGAACUGGCACAGCUGGUUAGCCACUUGAGGACCACACCGUGUCCUUUGACGCUUUUUUCUAAUGUAUGUGGUACAGAGCUCAGGGCACAAAGAGUAUUCAUCAACUUGGGUGGGGUCAACCAAAUGAACCAAGAACUUCAAAUAAAGGCAAACCCUCCGCA